AUGGCGAGCAACAUUCUCGGUGAGCUGCUCGGCCCCGCCGUGGUGGGUCGCUUCAAGGCAAAAGACCCGGGACCACUUCAGAGAAUCCAGGGGCUCCAAGACUGGCUGAAACCAACCGACUCGGAUUCCCCAGCAAGCGAAUAUAGAAAACACCUCUACUCCCAUGCCCCAGGGACCGGUGAAUGGAUAUUUGAGACUGACCAAUAUCGCGACUGGAGCACGACCGAUUCAGUUGGGAAUCUCUGGAUCAGAGGAAUCCCUGGUUGCGGCAAGUCGGUUGUCGCAGCUAAUUUGAUCAGUCGACUCCAGCAACUCAACAAUGGCCCCGUCUUGUUUUUCUUCUUCAGAGAGAUUGUCCACAGUAACCGAUCGCCGCAGUCAUUGCUGCAAGACUUUUGUCAUAAAUUGAUCGAUAGCUCCCUUCAUCUUCAAUCUGCAUUGGAGCAACUGCGGAAGGAUUUCCCGGCGGUGGAGUCUGUUCCCUUUGACCAGUUUUGGGAGUGCCUAGCAACGGGUCUGCAAUCGGUAGAUAGGGUCUACUGUGUCGUCGAUGCUCUAGAUGAAAUGGAACAGGGACAUGACAGAUGGCUUGAGCAGUUCCUCGACUUGGGCCGUCAGUUUCCCCGUUCGAUCAAAAUUAUCACCACUAGUCGUCAGGUCCCUCAUGUGGAGAAGCACAUGCAGGGUACUUGCAUCGUGGAUCUACGUCUUGACCGUCUGCAUGUUGACCAGGAUAUAUCUGUUUUCGUCAUGCAACACCUGAAGGAGUCUCAACUGGAUCUGGGGCUGGCAGAGAUUGAGGAUAUCAAGAAGGCUAUCUGUGAAAAUGGGAAAGGCUUGUUCUUAUACGCAAGACUUAUGCUUGAUGAGCUACUACGGGACCCUAAAGACAUACAGAUUCGCGUGCAUAAUCUCCCCAAUGGGUUAGGAGACAUGUAUACCAAUCUCUUGCGGGAUUGGGCCACACGGUCAGGAACCUCCACACAUUUCCAGAGGCUUAUUCUCGAGUGGAUUACUCAUUCAGCCCGACCACUGCGCCUUCUCGAGCUUACCGCUAUGAUCGAAUCAUUACCCGACCGCGGAGGCCUUGAUCCAGAGUGCAAUGUGAAAAAUGCUGUUCGAACAACUUGCGGACCUCUUCUUGAGGUCUGCGAAGACGGUGCUAUCCAGAUUAUCCAUCACUCUCUUACAGAAUUUCUUCUCAAUCGCGAUGUCGAGCAUACCCAGAUGAUGCAUCGAAGCCGUGACUAUGCCACAAUUGACCCACCUGCUGUUCAUACGAUGAUCGCACGAACAUGUCUUCAAUACCUCACCAAUGGCCCUUUACGGCAAUGGGAAAUCACAAAGCACGGAGGCGACCGGCCAAGUGAUAGGAAAUCGCUUUUCCUGAAGUUCUACUUCCUCCGCUAUGCUGUCCUAGAAUGGCCAUUUCAUGUUAACAAAGCGGGAGGCUCCAAUGACGAGCUUCUGGGGCACUUGGACACGUUCUGUAAAGACGGCAGUCAUGACUAUGAGGCAUGGAAUGACAUUUGGCGAGCGGAUCGAGAUGACAUACCUAACUGCUGCUCUGUUAUGCAUAUCACUGCCUACGCCGGACUAGUCCCAUUUGCUAGCUAUCUCCUUUCCCGAGGAUCAGAUCCAGAUGUCAAAGACGAGGAUGGCCAUACACCUCUGGUAUACGCAGUUAUGAAGGGUCAACAUGAGAUGGUCAGCAUCCUUUUGCAACAUGGUGCUUCUCACGAUAUCAAGAUCAAAUCGAAAGAUUACACGCCACCACAGUCCUUGAUUACAUAUGCGUGCAGGCUAAACCAUGUGACAGUAAUUCGUGCCCUCAUUAAUGGAGGUGUGGAUCCAAUGGCUAAAGAUACGAUCGGCGGCGGAAUCACCAACAGAUUCUCUCGUCGGCCUGAUCCUUGGGAUGGCCCAAGUUAUCCGGACCCCUGUAAAGAUGUCACGGCUCUCGCAUCUGCGUGUGAAUAUGGACGCGUUGGGGCUGUUCUCGAGUUGAUUAGACUUGUGGAUCCAUUCUACCUCUACAAAGAUAACCUUCUUCACUUCGCUGCCCAAAAGGGCAAAGAUUGGAUUCUCUCGGCUUUACUGAAGCAUGAGAAGGUUCGACUCGCCAUCAAUGAUCGGGAUACCAACGGUGACACUCCAAUUUACCUAGCAGCUCGCAAUCGAAGUGCUCCCACAAUAAAAAUUUUGCUUCACCAUGGCGCGGAUGUCAUGAUUCGAUCCAUGAACAAAAACUUUCCCCCAGAGCCACCCAUUGGGGAGGAAAGUCGAAUCACUCCCGCACCUCUUCCAAGCUAUACGCCUCUACAUGCAUGGGCCUUUGGCAUUCCGCGAGGGUACUACAACGUAGCAAAGAACCAAGAUUUAAUACCUUGCCUGGAAUUGCUACUCAAUGCAGGCUGCGAUAUCAACGCAAGAGACCAUAGAGGGCGCACAGUGCUCUUCGAGUGGCCAAGGCUUCAUUGGGCAGACAUGAGUGGUGAAGAUCUCGUUACUGCUCUCCUUGAGCGCGGUGCUGAUGCUACUGUCGUCGACUUCAACGGAGAAACUCCUUUGCACAGUACAGAGAGAGUUAAUGAGAAGGUUGCCAGGCUUUUAGUCAACCAUGGCUGUAACAUCAAUGCACAAAGGAGGAAAGACGGAUUGAGCGUCCUCAUGUGCAACGCAAUGCAGCAAAAUCACGGUGACCCCUCGAUUUUCCAUGGACUGGGGGCGGACUUUGACCAACAGGAUUGGCUGGGGAAUACAGCUCUCCACCAUAACUUCAAAAGACGUCCCGCAGGCAAAAGUUGCCAUAUUGAUGGGUGGCUGUCCAAAUCAAACUUGCACAUACAGAACCAUCUUGGCAGAACACCUUUGCAUGAGUUUCUUUAUCGACAAAAUGAAAUGACCAAGGAGAAAAGAAGCGGGGAGAAGAAUAUACCUGAAGACCUCGUGGAAAUGAUCAAACGCGGCGUUUCGCUCGAAAGCCGGGACGGGCUCGGACGUACAGCCUUGCUAAUUGCACUGGUGGGUGAAGAGCGCAAUUCUUUGAAGCUGGUCGAGGAGUUACUUCGACUAGGAGCAAGUGCUCAGGCAAUAGAUUACGAAGGAAAAUCUCCUUUGCACUAUGCUUUCAAGCCAUCCGCCAAUUCCACGUAUCUGGUGAAAGAUGAUAACAGAUGCGUGCUUGCUCAAUGUCUUAUUGAUGCUGGAGCGAGCAUAGAAGCCAUUGACCACAAGGGAAACAACAUCUUUCAUGACUUCAUCAAUGACAAGAUGAUUCAAACAUGUGGUAGCUGGUCUGAUUUUGAAAAACGCGCUGAGGCGAUUAUAGAGCUCGGGGUUCCCUAUCGACAGGCUAACUAUCAAGGAAGAACAGCUUUACAUGCUGCUGCUGCCAUUGAAGAUCAUCUUGGGUACAGCUUCAGGGGAGGAAGAACACGACUAGAGUUCCUUCUUCAGUCAUCUAUGCACUUCGAUGUCAACGCCAAAGACAAUGAUGGAAUAACUCCACUGCAUCUGGCGUCAGCUGUCUCAGACAUCAACGCACUGACUUUGAUUCAACAUGGAGCUGAUAUUCAAGCGAAAGACAACGAUGGCCGCACACCUCUUCAUUUUGCCGCCAGGGCAGGUCAAAGCAACGUCGUUGGCCUCCUACUGGAAAUUUAUCAGCAUCAUUCAAUUCCAAUUGACCACCAAUGUGUCAAGAGAAGAUCUGCUUUGCAUGAAGCUUCCCAGUCCGGCAGCCCGGAAAGUGUGAAACUUCUGCUCGAUGCAGGGGCAGAUCCCUCCCUGUCUGACGAGCGAGGCCGAACAGCUUUACAUGCAGCGGCCGAAAUUGAAAACACAACUCCGGCUCAGAAAGCGCAGAUUCAGUACUAUUCUGAGCCUCCCUUGCUAGCAAAGCCGGAGCUUACUUCUCGACUGCGAAGAACCGAGAAGAGUGAUUUCGACAAGAAAGAUGCUUUCUCUCGCAUGGGCCUUGGGAUCUCCCAUGAUGAAGACGCCAGAUGCGCCGGAGAGGUUGUUCGAUUGUUACUGGCUGCUGGGGCGCAGCCUCAUCAAGUCGAUGAGAAUGGCCAUCAUCCAUUAGAUGUGGCUGUGAUGCUUGGUUGCGCUCCGGUUGUUCAGGCGCUGAAGCGCAAUGUGACCGAACCCCCGGUGCACUCCUUAGAUCCUUUCCGCGAGUCACUUCUGACCUUGAGUGAUGCCCAAAUGCUAGAUGUUGUCAGUUCAGUCCAAGUGCCUGACAACUAUAUUGAGUUCCUGGAGCGGCUUUUUGCAACGGGUAACGAGGUGCUAGUUGAGGAGUUCAUCCGUACCAAGCAACUGAAGUUGUUCGACAGUGACGACAAGUCUAAACGGGCCGGUAUCUUUUUGCUUCCACGCCUGGGCUUGACCUCCAUGAUGAAACGACUGCUAUUAUACCUGGACGAUGCCACUAGUAUGAUUCCUACUCUUCUAGCACGCGCUGCUGAACGGUCUCUCUGCAACCUUGAGAUGGUCAAACUUCUGAUGCAACAACUUCCCAGAGAGGACAGAAAUGUUUUGGCAGCCUCUUUGGCUGAAUUCUCCGCGGGGAAGCGCUGGUGGCAUCCUAAGGCUCUUUCCAUACUUCUUGAAGGAGGUGUCGAUGCCCAGGCUCGAGUGAGCGCCGGCUCUCAAAGUGCUAUCAGUAAAGCUGUAUCGACCUCCGACGGAACGGGAAAAGCGCAUCGCCACAAGUGGAAUGGCGAAACUCUCAGGAUUCUGCUCAAACAUGGUGCCGAUCCCAAUGAUGUACGAAGUGAGCGUGAAAGUCCACCCCUGCACACUGCCGUUCGGAGUGGUGCGGACGCAGAAACAAUCACCCUACUUCUCGACCAUGGGGCUUCAUUGGAUUCUGGAUCUUCCAAUCUAAUUAAUUCGGCAAUUCGUCAGAACAACCUUGCUAUGAUUGAGCUCCUAUUGAAAGCCGGUGCCGACGCGAACGGCACAGACAAUAAGAGAGAGGUCCCUCUCCUGCAACAAGUUCCUCCCCCACAAGGCGGAUGGGAGUCACGGAGCGAGCGCGAGGCUGUCAUGUCUCUUCUCCUUCGGUAUGGUGCAGAUCCUCUCCGACCCAUUGAAAAUGGAUCCACGACUGUGCUUCACGAACUCUGCGCCGAAACCUGUAACCCUCCAAUUGGGCCUAUUCUGGCCGUGGGUGUAGACAUCAACAUCAUCGAUAGUGAAGGACGCACUCCACUCAUGAAAACCUGCAUGAAUAACAGGGAUUUGGAGACAGGUUCCGCAGUUCUCGAGUUGAUUGAGGCUGGAGCAGACAUUCAUGCGGCUGAUCACGUUGGAUGCACCUCAUUGUACUACGCUGCUGAACAUGGGGGUGUAGAUAUCGUUGCGGAGCUCCUGAAGCGAUCGGCUGCGAUAUCCGCACGUAACACCGAAGGAUUCACGCCAUUGACUGGAGUUCUAAACACCUAUGCCGAGAGCUGCACGUCGAACCAUUUCGCAAUACUGAAUAUGCUUUUGGAUGCGCGUGCGGAUCCUCUAGGUGUUUUGCCUGAUGGCAGAACGGCCCUUCAUUGCAUUGCCACCGCACUCAUGGAUUCCAGCAACGUUGACCGGAAGGAGCAGAUUAAAGAGGACGGGGGUGAAGAUCAUUUCACCGAGGCAACUUCGCUAUACCAACGUUUUCUCGACGCAGCAUGUGACCGUGAGGCGUGCGACAACAACGGGGAUACUCCGAUAUUUCACUAUGUGAGGGCGCCGAAAUCUUACAAUGGCCAUGACCACCCGGAUUUCGCUCCUAUGCGUUCCUCAAACCCUGAGGACUAUACCAAAAUGUUCGCAGAGCAUGAUGUUCACAAAACAAACCUUGCCGGAGAUACACUGCUGCAUGUCAUUGCUCGUCGGGGGGAAAGCCCCUGUGAUACAGGGGAUGACGAAGUGUUGUUGUUCAAGACCCUUGUAGGUUUGGGGCUUAAUCCAUGGAAAGAAAACAACGACGGUCAAACAGCAUUGGACAUUGCCGCGAGUCAAGAAAAGACCAAGAUAUUGGCGUUGUUUGCUCGAAAGGAAUAA